GGGUGCGCGGGGCUCUCCGGGCCCGGGGUCCGUGACACCUUCGCUGACCUGACUGCUUUGUCCUCGCAGAACCUGGCACUCGGGACGGUGACGGGACUUAAACGGGCUACUGCGGAGGAGGACUGCGAACCGCGGCGGCAUCCCGGUCCCCAGCACAUUGGAGCGGAAGCACAUUGCCCGGGGCACCAUGACGCUGAGGCUCUUGGAGGACUGGUGCAGGGGGAUGGACAUGAGCCCUCGGAAGGCGCUGUUGAUUGCCGGCAUCCCCCAGACCUGCCAUGUGGCCGAGAUCGAGGAGGCGCUGCGCGCCGGGCUGGCUCCCUUGGGCGAGCACCGCCUGCUCGGGAGGAUGUUCCGGAGGGACGAGAACAGUACCGUAGCCUUAGUCGGGCUCGCGGAGGAGACGAGCUUUGCCCUGGUCCCCAAGGAGAUCCCUGGGAAGGGGGGUAGCUGGAGGGUGAUCUUUAAGCCCCCUGACCCAGACAACGAAUUUUUAAGCAGAUUAACGGCCUUCUUAGAAGGAGAGGGCAUGACCUUGGCUGAGCUGACCAGAGCUUUUGGGUAUGGAAACGACCCCUUUGACCUAGACCAGAACAUGAUCCCAGAAGUGCGGGCCCCCAUGCUGGCCCAGGCGUUAGAUGAGGCCCUUCAGCCUGCCCUGCAGUACGUGAACUACAAAAAGCUGAGAGUGUUCUCGGGCGGCGAUCCGCCAGGACCCGAAGAAGAAAACUUUGAAUCCUGGCUGUUCCACACCACCCAGAUGAUGAAGACCUGGCAGGUGUCGGAUGCCGAGAAGAGAAGGCGGUUGCUAGAGAGCCUUAGAAGCCCAGCCUAUGAUGUCAUCCGUGUCCUCAAGAUAAGCAACCCUUUAAUUACGGUCCCCGAAUGCCUGAAGGCUCUUGAGCAGGUUUUUGGGGUUAUUGAUAAUCCUAGGGAGUUGCAGGUCCGAUACCUGAGGACUUACCAGAAGGAUGGAGAAAAGUUGUCCGCUUACAUACUCAGGUUGGAGCCUCUGUUACAGAAACUGGUGGAGAGAGGAGCAGUGGAGAGAGAAGUUGUGAAUCAGGCCCGGCUCGACCAGAUCCUGGCCGGAGCAGGGGACAAAACGCUGCGCCGGCGGCUCGCUCUGCCCGAGGAUGGCUCAGCCCCUGGCUUGUUGGAGCUACUGGAGCUGAUAAAGGGUGAAGAGGCAACGGAGGCAGAGGAGGAGGAGGCCCUUCUCCAGGCAGAAUUAUUAGAGGGACAUUUCACCUGAAUCUUAGGGAACCAGAAAGGGUCAGUGACAGUGAGCAGAGCAUGGAGGUAGAAUAAUCCAUAGACUACAGUGGUAGACAUUCACCAAGCCCUACCUUGUGAUACCAAGUAACUCAUUUUUGCGCAGUUCUCAGUACAAAUCCAUUGUCAUUUGUGUGCCUACUUAAGGUCUCCUAAGUGUAUCAUUGACUAGGAAGACUGUAGUUCUGCACUGGUAUUUAUAUAUUUAAAUUCAUUCUGGUGAGUUUUUUAUCAUACAAAACUGUACAAUAGUCUGUCACUGCAUAU